GACCCGCUCCUGUGUGGCGGCCGCCUGAGGAGGGGCGCCGAGGAGCCGCUGCGGGGCGGGCGGAGGGAGCCGAGUCAUGGAGCCACAGCUGUGAGGCGCUUCCCCCCGGCCCGGGCCCCGCCUGUGGGAAGCCGCCGGGCCGAGGCCGGAGCCGGAGGACAUGGACAAACUGACCAUCAUCUCAGGAUGCCUCUUCCUGGCCGCAGACAUCUUCGCCAUCGCCAGCCUGGCCAACCCGGACUGGAUCAACACCGGCGAGUCCGCGGGAAACCAGAGUUUGCUGGCUUUUCGAGGAUCGGGUGGAGUCAGAAGUAGUUUGGCUGUCAAAGGUGCUCUCACCGUUGGCCUUGUGCGACAGUGUCAAACCAUCCACGGACGUGACAGGACCUGCAUCCCUCCCCGGUUGCCCCCGGAGUGGAUCACCACCUUAUUUUUCAUCAUCAUGGGCAUAAUUUCACUGACUGUCACGUGCGGCUUGUUAGUGGCUUCCCACUGGCGAAGAGAAGCGACCAAGUACGCCCGCUGGAUAGCAUUCACUGGAAUGAUCCUCUUCUGCAUGGCAGCCCUCAUAUUCCCAAUAGGUUUUUACAUCAACGAAGUGGGCGGCCAGCCUUACAAACUGCCGAACAACACCGUGGUCGGGUCGUCCUACGUACUCUUUGUUCUAUCCAUUUUCUUUACAAUAGUCGGACUUCUAUUUGCUGGCAAAGUGUGCUUACCAGGCUGACGGCCGCCUUCGCCAGCUUCACUCGGUCAUGAAGGAGAGCAGAGCGUCCGCCGCAUUCUCAGGAGGGUGCCUACGUCGGGCUGUCGCGGUCUUAUCGUCAACGAGGAGGUCUCUGGUGUCGGUCUCGCUAUGCACUUUGAAUAUUUUUUUAUUGAGAGAGAGAGAGAGAGAUGUGGAGAGCCUUUUCCAUAAACCAAAUACAGCCACCUUUCACUCCUCCUCCUGAGCGCCUGCAAGAAGUUGGGCGCGCACUGUGACAAGGAGCGAGCGGAGAAGGAGACUCGACAGUCGAGCAGAGGAGGAUUCUCGACCACCGAGGAGCAGCGUCUCUCUUGCCCCCCCACCAUCACUGUACUGUGUGCCAGUUUUUAAAUGUUUUGACAGUUUUGAAAGUCUCAAAAGAAAAGUAUUUAUGAACUUUGGUCGACCAGAGGUUUGCCAAGGGCGUUAAAGUGGGGCUGGCCCCACUGCUUAAGUAGAUUAGCAUCUUCCUUCUGUGACAGGCAAAGAAGUGUUUGCCACCAAAAAAAAGAGGUCAAUUUCAAAUUAACUGCACCCCAAAGCCAAGAGAUCAAAAGAGGUUCUCAGAAAUCUUUUGCGACAAAAC